AAAUGAUUAAAAAAGCUUCCCAGAGUUUACUUCUUUCCUCUAUAUAGGAACCUUCCUCUUCCUUUCGUUUCUCCUCUUCAUAUAUCCAUAAUCCCUUUAUUUUUUCCCCGCAAUUUUUUUCAUGGAUUUAGAAGGGAAUCACAUUGAUUAUGCUCUUAACGGCAAAGCAAUCCUCUGCGUCGGCGUCGUUCUCUUCGUUGCUGUAAUCAUCGUACUCUGCUUCCACAACUACGUACGCGUCCUCUUCCGCGACGGCCGUCGUCGUUACAUGCGCCGCCGUGCCCUGCGAUUACUUUCCAUAUCCACCGCCGGUACUACUUCGAUAACAGUUGGUUCCAAGGGUUUGGAUUCUUCCAUCAUUGAAACGAUCCCUAUUAUCGUUUACGCCACCGGAUCCAGCUAUUUCCCUCCGCUGGAAUGCGCCGUUUGCUUAUCGGAGUUCGAAAACGACGAUAGAACCCGUGUUUUGCCAAAGUGUAAACAUACUUUCCAUGUUGACUGCAUCGACAUGUGGUUUUAUAGUCACUCUAACUGCCCACUGUGUAGAGCUCAGGUCCAAGCUGUUAUUUCGGUCAACCCAAAGCAAACGGCCGACGUAGUGUUUGAAACAGCCGGAUCAGAACCUGUUAGAGAUGUUAGGGAAACCAAAAUCUGUUCCCCCUCUUCUUCGUCAUCGUCAUUGGAGAUGGGGGAGAGUUGCCCCAUGAAGAAACUGGAGCUAGUGGGAAUUGUUGUGGAGUUACCACCGAUAGAGGUGAGUGUUCACUCGAAUCGAAUUGAGUUUUACUCACCUCUAUCAAUCGGCGGUCGUUUGACAUCGAGUUUAGGUAAUUAAGAAAGAAACAAGGACUGCUGUUAGACAAACACGAGUUGUUGAUAUUGUAAACGUGGUAACCAU